AUGAGGCUCUUUACCCAUCCCCUGACUUUCCUCUCCUUCUACUGCGUCUUCUGGCUCUUCUUUUUGGCUGGGUCCAAGGCAUACCACCAAGACACCAAAAGCCGCAUGGAGAGCAGCCACCGAAUCCUCAGGAACUUCCCCGACCCCUUCCACAAUGUCGCGAGAUCGAACAAGCGUAUGAGAGGCUCGAAAGGUUCGUGGCAGGCGAUAAAGGAGUUUGGAAAAAAGAUUGAAGGCGAGGCAAAGUGUCUGGAAGAGGUCUCUCCGGAGAUCUUGAUUGCAGCACUUAUCAGAAGGAUGAGCCUCCUUGCCUUCGAGAAGACUACACUGGUAUGCUGCUACGAGAAGUAUCUCGAAUGGCGUCAACACAUCUACGGUUCAUACUUCAAAAAGCUCGUACGUGAAUCUUUCGAAUUAAGGAUGAAGGCGCUUGACGCGAAGAGAGAUCUUAUAACAUACUUCGAUCAUACCUACGUUGAGAGGCGUCAGAGCAACAGCCAGGAUAUUGACGGCCAUGAGAACAAGGUCAACGGAACGUCGUGA